GUGUCUGGAGGAGGCAUAUCUGUCCUUGGGAAGCAGAGAUUUAUACCUUUUUAUAUAUAUUUUUGUCACGAUUCAUUUCAUGUCACCUCAAGGGGGGCUUCGUGUGAACUGGCAACUCACAGUUUGAACCCCUUUUAACUUUCUCUCUCCAGGGAAACCCCUCGGGAUUUUACGCAGAAGGACUUUCCAUCCUUACACGGAGGAUUUCAGUCUGCUAGAGAGGAGUCAAGUAAGAGAAGUAGAAGAGAAGAAGCGUUGUGGAGUUUUGCUUAUUUGCUUCGUGAGUGACAUUUUCACAUUUUAUCGGAUACCCAGAGAUUUUUAAGAUGCAGGUAAUGAGGACGCGGUGCGCAAAAAUGGACCCAAAAAUGACUCCUGCUGCUGGGAUCGAACCUGCAACCUUUUAGUCGGACUCUCUCCAGCCAACACCUGUAUCACAUUAACAAUAUGGAUUACUGUAUUUCACCCAGAGCAAAUAAUCCAUUUAACAACUUUUUCUCUGAUGGGAAUGGAUUUAAUUUGGUGGUUUCUUUUUUAUUAUGACUUUCAUCUUUACGCGUAAUAUUCCAGCCACACAUCCUUAGCUUGGCUUAAGUGUUAUAUAUAUUUUUUUUUUUUGGACAUUUUCAAUAAAAAAAAAUUCCACACUUAAAAAAAAAAAAAGGAGUUGUAGUCUAAAAUCUCGUCGGCUCUCAUGGGACUGAGGCAUUCGUCGCGUUGUUUGCUGCUAAGGCGGAAGAUGGCGGAGGCGGACAGCUCGGAGCGACAGCAGCCUGUCACGUCCCCCCUCUCCCAGUCUGCCCAGCCCUCCUCACUGCCUAAACCAGUGCCUACCCACCAUGUGCCCUGCAGCCCCCACACGCCUCAUGUAGCAGCCCUGGCCAGCUGUCCCGGUCGAGGCAAGAUUGCCAAGUUCAUCAGCCCGGAGGAUAUGACAUCACGGGACUACUACUUCGACUCCUAUGCCCACUUUGGCAUCCAUGAGGAGAUGCUGAAGGACGAGGUGCGGACGCUGACCUACCGGAACGCCAUGUACCACAACAAGCACGUGUUCAAAGAUAAAAUCGUCCUGGAUGUCGGUAGCGGCACGGGGAUCCUCUGCAUGUUUGCCGCCAAUGCCGGGGCCAAACACGUGUACGGGAUUGAAUGUUCAAGCAUAUCCGAAUAUUCUGAGAAGAUCAUCAAGUCGAAUCACCUACACAACGUCAUUACCAUCUUCAAGGGCAAGGUGGAGGAGGUGGAGCUGCCCGUGGAGAAGGUUGACAUCAUCAUCUCGGAGUGGAUGGGCUACUGCCUCUUCUACGAGUCCAUGCUCAACACCGUCAUCUUCGCCAGGGACAAGUGGCUGAAACCCGGCGGCCUGAUGUUCCCGGACAGAGCAGCUCUCUAUGUGGUAGGCAUCGAAGACAGGCAGUACAAGGACUUCAAGAUUCAUUGGUGGGAAAACGUGUACGGGUUCGACAUGAGCUGCAUUCGCAAUGUGGCCAUCAAAGAGCCUCUGGUGGACGUGGUGGAUCCCAAGCAGGUGGUGACUAACGCCUGUCUCCUAAAGGAAGUGGACAUCUACACUGUGAAGCCAGAGGACCUGACCUUCACUUCAGCCUUCUGCCUGCAGAUCCAGCGCAACGAUUACGUCCACGCCCUGGUCACCUAUUUCACUAUCGAGUUCACCAAGUGUCACAAGAAGACUGGCUUCUCCACUGCUCCAGAUGCUGCCAGCACACACUGGAAGCAGACAGUGUUUUACUUAGAGGAUUACUUAACUGUCAAGAAGGGAGAGGAGAUCUUUGGCAGUGUCGCUGUCAGGCCCAAUGAGAAGAACGUGCGUGACCUGGAGUUCACCCUGGAGCUAGACUUUAAAGGACAACUAUGCGAGGCCGCUAUUUCCCACGACUAUAAAAUGCGUUAGGAACAACAACAACCAGCCAACCGACUACCCUCAGCCCCUCUCGACACACUCGGAGAGGGAGGACGGCACCGGCUCUCCCAACAAGCAUUCCAGUUGGCCAGCGAGGGUCGACCAUCUGAUUGGAUGCCAUCAUGCCAGCACCUAAGUGAUGUCAUCAGAAUAGGCAAGUAUCUAUCAGCAAUAGUGCCAUCACCUGUAACAACUUGAUCGACUCGGGCACAUCGUUGAAUGUAACAUCCUAAAUGAACUUGAUUUUUUUUUUCUCUCUCUCUCAUUAGUUUCUGGAAAUUGUAUGAAUUCUGAGUAUAAAUUUAUAUUGCUAGUGCAGCUAAUUGAAAAGCAUUGAUCUGCGUGAUGUCGAGAGGGUUAAAGCGCCGUCAUCUGUUUUUCCUUUAGUCAUUUGUUACGUAAUUAUAUAGAGGAUGCAGUAAUAAAUUGUGUUUGAUUUGAUUUAUUAUUUGCAAGUGAUUUUUUUGUUUUUUGCUUCAUUGAUUUCAGAAAGGUGUGAAAUGUAAUUUCUUUAUUUCUUUAAUUGAGGAUAAUUCAGAGCAAAAUGUACUUUGGUGCCAGAAUAAAAACAGAACAAUGCCUCAGAACAGUAACAAAAACAGAUGCAAUAUGUCAUGUACCACUUUGUUUUGAUCGGACGAACAAAGAAUAUGAAACGAAAAAAAAGAAAAGAUGAACACGAUGAUGAAUAAAAUGUCAAAGAAUCAGA